UUUUCCUCCAUUUUUUUUUUUUUUAUUAUUCUCUUUUAACCCCGAAACAAAAAAGACACAGAAGAGAAUCGAAGCAAAAAUUGGGGAAUUGACAAAGCUCCGCUUAGCUUAGCAAUAAGCAAUAAGCAAUAAGCAAUCAGCGCAUAGCAUAGCAUAGCCUAGCCUAGUCACGUUGACGUUACCCCCAAUUUUUCCACUAUUCCACAGUUAACGUGGAUCAAACUCUUCUCACACGCCACCUGACCUUUCUCUUCCGAUCCGAUCACCAAAAGCCCUAGCUAUCACAAAACCCCAUCAAAAAAUUUCAAUUCUUUCAGAGAAAUAGAAGAAGAAUAUUAAUAAAUGUUCAUCAUCAUCAUCGUCAACUUAUAGCAUAUAUAAAUUUGAGAAAGAGAGAAAGAGAGAUAAAGAAAGAUCAGAGGAUGCAGAGACGGAGUCCUCCGAAGCACAGACACGAUGGGACUUCACCGCUUCCUCUGGGAAUGGAUUGGAGUCCUCCUCCUCGCAAAUGGAAUGGACGGGACACAGUGUGGCCACAUGAUCCUCACACAGGAUGGAGUUACUGUGUCACAAUACCUUCCUGGGUUGUCCGUCCAAAAUCAAGAGAUUCAGAUCCCGUAGUGUUUUACAGGGUUCAGGUUGGUGUACAAUCACCAGAAGGAGUUACAACAACACGUGGUGUAUUAAGAAGGUUUAAUGAUUUUUUGAAGUUAUUCACUGUGCUUAAAAAGGCAUUUCCUAAGAAGAACCUCCCACCAGCUCCACCCAAGGGACUGUUGCGGAUGAAAACCCGGGCGCUAUUAGAAGAGAGAAGGUGCUCUUUGGAGGAGUGGAUGAUAAAGCUUCUGUCUGAUAUUGAUAUAGCAAGAAGCGUUGCAGUGGCAUCUUUUCUUGAACUGGAAGCUGCUGCUAGAUUUUCAUUCCAAGAUGUAAAUCAGCAAAAUUCAGAAGCAAGUCCUGCUUCCAAUAGCACGGUUUCUUCAAUUCAAUCAAUACCCAAUUCAAGCUUGCCUAUUGUUGCUGGCAGUUCAUCAUUCACAUCAGAUUACGGUAGUGAUACAGCUUAUGAGACAUCUGAGCUAGGAACACCAAGGCUAGGAAGGGAUGACAGUUCUGAAAUUGGUUUGGAGGAUCUAACAUUGGAUGAAGAUUUGACAAGUCCAAUAGAAAAGCUUGUAAAGUAUGGCAUGUCCAAUAUUGAUGAGGGACUGUUUAUGGGCCAGACAAUUCUAGAGCAGUUGGAAGGCCUACCUAGGCAUAAAAUGAAUGACAGGCAUCUCAAUAAUGUUAUAGAAAAGGAUAAAUAUAAUGGGAAUUCUUCCAAAGCUUCAUUUUUGGUUGGGAAUGGGAUGGAACUUUUCUCGGGGCCAGAACAUGGUAAGGUAAUUGAUCAUGUUCGCAAGCUCUCAAAUGAGAGUUUUGGAAGUGACGUAAGUUCUCUGAGAGGUAGUGAAAUGUCUAACUCUGGGAUUCCAAAUUCAUCUGGUGAUGGAUCUCUUGACCUUCCUGGAGGUGCUGAGGGUUCUACUAGGAUUGAAAUUCUUGGCAACACAGACUUUCAGUUUCCAGCUGAUGCUCAAGUAGUUCUUCCAAUGGAUCAGCGCCAUAAAUUGAACAGGGUUCUUUUCACAAUGCAGCGAAGAUUAGUCACGGCCAAAACAGACACAGAAGACCUAAUAGCAAGGUUAAAUCAAGAAAUAGCUGUCAAAGACUACCUUGCAACAAAGGUCAAGGAUUUGGAAGGUGAACUUGAAACUACAAAACAGAAAAGUAAAGAAAAUCUGCAGCAAGCUCUUUUGAUGGAGAGGGAAAGGAAUACACAAAUGCAGUGGGAUAUGGAGGAACUUCGGCGAAAGUCGAUGGAAAUGGAGUUGAAAUUGAAGUCCAAACAGGAUGAAAAGUCAUGUACAGAGUCAGGAAAAGAAUGUACUGUUCAAGAGAAAGAUGUGCUGCUGCAGGAAUUGGAUGCUAGUAAAGAGCAGCAUGAAAAGUUGUUGAAGCGAUAUGAAGAGCUAGAAGCAAAAUCAAAAGCAGAUAUUAAAGUUCUUAUUAAAGAAGUUAAAUCUCUCCGAAGUUCUCAAACCGAAUUGAAGCAGGAGCUUAGUCAAACACACAAAGAAAAGUCUGAGGCUGAGAAAUUCAUUCAACAGGAAAGACAAAUGAGAGAGCAUGCAAAAGCUUCUAGGGAAAAACUGCUGCAGGAAUGCCAUAUUCUUCACAAUCGGCUUCAAGAAUGCAACACCAAUUUACUUGCAGACAAUGAAGAUAACUUUGUUGCAGAUUCUUCAUCACUUGCAGAUGCUUUAGAUUUGUUGGCUACAAGUGAUGACCGUAUUGGCCUCCUACUUUCAGAGGCACAACUCCUAACUGAAAACAAUGAAACUACUGCUUCCGGUGUUGAUGAGAGUCAUGACAUCAAUGAUGCAGCAAUAGAUGAUGAGUUAAGGAAGAUGCUAGCAGAUGUCUUCAUCGAUAAUGCUAGAUUAAGAAAACAGGUGAAUUCUGUAACACGGCGUGCUCUCAGAGUGGACAUAAUAUCUAACAAGAAAGAAGAUGAGGAGGCUUCUUCAGGAAAAAUUGUAGCUAAUACGUCUGUAUUGUAAAUUUCCCCCUUCAACGAUGAUCUGCUAUUUUAUAUGGCAAAUCUCACUAAUGUAACAGUUAAUUUUGAGGUCCUACAUACAAGUCUUCUGAAAACGGACUUGCAUAAUACUAUUGUAUUCUUCUUACUUUAAUAAUGAAAAAGAAAGAAAAAAGGUGAAAGGAGAACCAUGUAUAUGGUAUUAGUUA